CAAUUAUUUAGUAUAUGUUUGUGAGCAGCAACGUUGCUUCAGUCACCUCACCGGUUACAUAACUAUAUAGUUGCCGACUUUGCAUGCCGAACCCGGCUAUCAACCCAACCUUCCAAGCCUUCGAUCGUAAUCGGAGCAAUGGAGAACUGGAAAUUUUUCAUUGGAGCUGAAGCGAUUGGGUUGAAUUCGAUAUCCAUGGAUUGGCAUCAAAAGCCUCUUUCGGGAAAAUGACGUUGUCCAAGAGAGUAAGGUUUCGAGUUACAGCACCCGUCAUCCUCCAUGAAAUCACUGAAAUCAUGCGCUGAAUACACUCCCAGCACUGGCAGUCGUUGCUAGUGGUUGCCGUUGUUUACGCGGCAUUACUUUUGCUUUCUUUUCUUUUCUUUUUCCUUUUUCCUUUUUCUUUUUUUUGGGAUUAUUCGAUGCAAGCCAAAGGAAUAUAAAAGAGGAGCGGAAAAAUGCUGAAGGCGGCUUGCGGCUUGGAAAUGGACGCUGAACUGGGAUGGGAGCCUCUUCCUUGACUUGCCUGCUGAAUCAAUACUCGCAGAUGGAUUGCGGGAAUGUUUUAGACCCGAUUAGAAGCUUGCCAGUUGCUCAACUAGGAGGAUGCAAUAACCUGAGCUGCACGAGCGUGCCAAACGAUAUCCCGAACUUCUCUAGACACUCUGCACCCCCAGACUAAUCCAUCCCGGGUCUGAAACCAAUCGUGAAAUGAAACUACUCUCAUGGAAGGUGUUUUGUUCUGCGCAUCGAUGCAAUCUGAAAUCGUAAUGCCGGCAAGGAAAGAAUCCCAUCAUGCUGCUGUGAUAAGCACCCGGAACCAUAUUUAGAAAAAGUCAAUUCUGAAUACCUGCAACUCAAACAAGCUAGCGGAAAGAUUCUCUUUCCCGAGUUAUCCAUAAGCUUAAAUUGGCUUCCGCUCCACGCCGUUCCACAUCUACUGUCUUUACGAAAUGGAAAGAGGGCAGCUCUAUGGGUUGGAUAUAGCGGCCAGAGUUACAUAACUUGGCGAGUUCUGCCACCUGGCAAACUACCUCGUUUCAUUCUAAAUCCUGAAUCUGGAUCUGUUGAUUGCAUAGCUCAGAUUCUGGAAAAUCUAGUGUUUGCAUAUCGUCUGGUAUCGGAUUCUGUCCAAAAUGGAGAUGAACAGUGAUGAAAAGACCCUCAGACAGUCAGUUUGACACAUUAGGGAUUCGAUUUGCCAUCUAUCACUAACCUUAAAAUUGUUCAGGAUUGAGAGGGAGUUGGACACUAAGAUCUACCCUGGCACGGAGAUUAUGACAGAUGUUGGUUCUCAUCAAUUUGUCAAGUGUUCAGAUCGUGUCUUGGUCCCACAGCCAUCUCAAGAGCCUAGUGAUCCUUUGAACUGGAGCCCUUUCUGGAAAGCAUGCGCGAUGUUUCUUUCAACCGCGGUGACAUUUACGCAAGCAUUUGGUCCCAUGGCUUUAGCGCCUAUGUUCCCCCAAUUAAUACAGGAGUUCGAUACCGACCUAGCUGGGGUAGUUAAAUUCACUGGUGUUUGCAUCCUGUUCCUUGGGUUUAGUAAUUUUUUCUGGGUCCCACUGCAAACAUGCUUUGGAAGAAGGCCAGUGCUGAUUUUGUCCACCUUGGUGUGUUUAAUCGCCUCAAUGUGGAGAGGCCUUGCCACGUCCUAUGGGAGUUUCAUGGGCGCCUCCAUUUUGAAUGGCUUUGGGGCUGGUCCAGCAGAGACCGCACAGCCACAAAUAAUCGCAGAUAUUAUGUUUCUCCACGAGCGGGGCGCAUACAAUACGCUCUAUUUCACCUUUUAUUUUGGCGCAUUGGUGGUGUCUCCCGUCAUUGGUGGAUCGAUGGCACAUAAUUUGAACUGGUGCGACUUCUGGUGGCUCAAUGUCGGCUUGCUAGGCUUUGUUCUAGUAUUAUUGGUGUUUCUUUUCCCUGAAACGAGAUGGCCCCGAAGCCAUCCCGUGGAUCCGGUUGAAGGAAAUAGGGUAGCUGACGAGACCACUGCCGCCAAAGCUGAUUCAACUGCUACCUCAUCGGCAAAGCCAUCUACGGAGCCUGACAUCGAAAAUGAACAUGCGAAUAGGGACCCGUACCUCCGCAAGGGAAGACCCUCAUUACGCCAGUUUAGGCUUUUCUCCAUGGUUGAAAAUCCCGUUAAAAGCCUGCUGCUUGACUUCUGGAUCCCAUGGAAGCUUCACCUCUUCCCCAUUGUCCAUUUAGCGGCUUUCAUUGUAUCCUGGUCGGCCAGCGUCUUUCUUGUGGUCAAUGUAACCCAGAGCCAGCUUUUCGCGGCCCCGCCAUAUAAUUUCAACAGUCAGACAGUUGGCUUUUUUAACUUUGCCGUCAUAGUUGGCAAUGGUAUUGGCCUGGCUACAAAUGGGUACCUCUCCGAUUGGAUUUCGAUGCGUGCCACGAAGAAAAACAGGGGUAUUCGAGAGCCUGAGAUGAGACUUCCAGCGAUGAUACCCUAUGUCAUUAUUAUGAUCAUUGGCAAUUUCGUCGUGGCAUUUGGUUAUGAGUAUAAAUGGGAUUGGAAGAUAAUCGUGAUAAUCGGCUAUACCGCCGUUGGAAUACAGGUAGCUGCCCUUCCAGCUAUAGCCAGUACGUACGCAGUCGACAGCUACAAACCCAUCGCUGGCAGUAUUUUCGUCACCAUAACCGUGAACAAAAAUCUCUGGGGCUACGGUUUGAGUGAAAUCAUUACGCCGUGGACACAGCGCAGCGGCUUCAUCCCAGCAAUCAUGCUGAAUAUGGGUCUGACGACUUUCUUCUGCGCUUGGGGGAUCGUGUUUUAUUACUAUGGGAAGCGGCUAAGGAAGAUCACAGCUAAUUCGAAGGUGCAUCAGAUGUGAUUUUACUUCGUAAUUGCGCGCUGCUAUUUUCCCUUGCCUGGUUUUGUGAUUUCCUUUUCUAAUGUCUAAUGACGUGAGUUGUGACAUGUGGCGUGGCCGAGGGGCAGGUUCUAUUGGGCAGCCAAUACUUAUGAAGUUCUUCUUUUUUUUUAAUAGCCUGUAGGGGCAAGGAUUUUAUCAUGACCAUAUAAUGACUUGUAUAUGAGGAUAGUGAUCACGCAUGUGAGUUUUAAUUAGUCGUUCUAGCAAUGAAGGCAUCUGUAUGAAAUGCUGAAUCUUGGGUUUGAAGAGAAACAAAUCGAAAAAGGCACAAUGUACGGAGUACAAGCAAGUGUGUUAGUUCGAAUUAUACGAUUCACCAUAUAGGUUGCAAACGAAUAUCAUUGACUUUAACCCAG